UCAUGAGCUGCCUGUAAGCAGACUCUGAACUCUCUGCAGUGGUAUCAAAGACCAGAGUGUAGUCUGACUGAGGCCUGUCUGCUGUCUCUAAGGCAGGAAUCCAAAUCAUGCCCAUGACUCUGGGUUAUUGGGAUAUUCGUGGGAUGGGUCACGCCAUCCGCCUGCUCCUGGAAUACACAGACACAAGCUAUGCGGAGAAGAGAUACACCGUAGGGGACGCUCCCAACUACGAUCGAAGCCAGUGGCUAAAUGACAAAUACAAGCUGGGCCUGGACUUUCCCAAUCUGCCCUACUUAAUUGAUGGGUCCCGCAAGAUCACCCAGAGCAACGCCAUCCUGCGCUACAUUGCCCGAAAGCACAACCUGUGUGGGGAGACAGAAGAGGAGAAGAUCCGUGUGGAUAUUUUGGAGAACCAGGUCAUGGACACCCGCCUACAGAUGGGCAUGCUCUGCUACAGCCCUGACUUUGAGAAACAGAAGCCAGAGUUCUUGCAGGGCCUUCCUGAAAAGUUGAAGCUCUUCUCUGAGUUCUUGGGGAAGCGACCAUGGUUUGCAGGGAACAAGAUCACCUAUGCAGAUUUCCUUGUUUAUGAUGUCCUGGACCAGCACCGAGUAUUUGAAUCCAAGUGCCUGGAUGCAUUCCCCAACCUGAAGGACUUCAUGGCCCGGUUUGAGGGUCUGAAAAAGAUAUCCGCCUAUAUGAAGAGCAACCGCUUCCUUCCAAGUCCUUUGUAUUUAAAACUGGCCACGUGGGGAGGAAGUGCGUGAUAGCCUGACUGUGCAUGUGCCGUAGCCCACGUCCCCUUUUGCCAACCUGUAUCUUGCCUCGGAGUCUGGAGACAGAUGACGCUGCAACAUCAGAUGCUGCGGGCCAAUGAGGAGAAGACACAAUAUCAGAAAAAACCACCAGGGACCAAUGGGACACAGGGAGGGGGUAUAUAGGCACACCCUGUUUCCGCAAUAAACGAGUCUGCAGCUGCUCUCA